CUCAUAUUUUGCAAACAGCAACUUGCAGCUGAAGGGACGUGGCUUUUUUGGAAAGCUCCAGAACUGUGUGAUCUGUUGUCUACAUUAAUAGCAAGAACAUGUCAACCCUAGUUUUUCCCGUUGGUGCAAAUGAAGGUGAUCAAUUUACAUUGAAUGGACUUGGAAAUGGAGCCACACUGAAACAGAUAUGGGUGUGGGUUGGUCCCUCGCAGAUCAAAGCCAUUAAGGUCUGGCUUACCGAUGGCCGCUCCAUGCAGUGUGGUGAUCCUAGUGGGAAUCCCCAAAAAUUCAAAUUUGAAGAUGGAGAGUUUUUUGACUCUCUCUCACUCUGGGGAAAUGGAGCUGGAACACGUGCAGGUGCCAUCAAAUUCAAGACCAACAAAUCUCGAGAGUUCUUUGUACAGAUGACAUACUGGGGCCUGAAGACAGAAUACCCAAUAGAUGUUGGUUCUGGGAUCUGCAUGGGAAUUUCUGGAAAUGCUAAGGAAGAUAUUAAUUGCUUAGCUUUCAUAUUCAUUAACUACAUCGAGUCUACUGUGAUGAAGGAUGUGAAUUAUCCCACACUCUCUAUGGAGACACCCAAGGUUGUUUUUGAAGAAAUCAAAUGCAUAACUUACCACAACAAGUCUAAUACAACACAAGAAUACACAGUACAAACUUCAAGGAACAUCACCAAAAAGUCCUCCUGGUUGUUGACCAACAAGAUGGAAAUGUCUUUGAACAUGGAAGUGAAGGCAUCAAUUCUGAGUAUUGUGGAAGUAAACUCUGCAUUCAGUUUUACUCUGGGUACUGAAAGCUCAUAUGGUUUAGAGAAUUCUGAGGAGAAAACAGAGCAGCUGUCUUUUACUAUUCAGGUUCCUCCAGGGAAAUUCAUGGAUGUAGACAUCACAAUCGGUCGAGUCACAUUUAAUCUCCCCUACACCGCCACCGUCCAAAUUACCUGCAGCAAUGGCUCAACUUUAGAGUUUCCUACUAAGGGAAUCUACAAGGGCGUGACCUACACCAAUGUUAAAUCAGAGGUGACAGAAUUCUCAAAUGAGCCAAAAUAUCGUCUUUUCUCUUGAUCUAGGAAGACAAGCAUGGUCUAACCUAAAAUAAAAGAAAAUAAAAUAGAAAUCAAAUCAACAGAGUUUUUUCAGUUAAGGGAUCAGGGAUAUGUUUUUAUAAACAUUUUUUUAAAUCUUUUUUGCAAUUACCCAUUUCCACAAAGACCAUUUUUUAUUCUUCUGAUUAACGGGUACCAGCUGGAACUGGGAUCAUCAUCUGAGUGGUUGAAUAUGAGAAAUACUCCUCACCAUUUCCAUACUCCAGAAAAGAGCAUUCCUCACACUAGCUGUUCGUCCUGCCCAAGAACAUCCAAGCUUCAGGACUUCCAAGUUUCCUGUCCUGAAGUGAUGAUAUGACACAUGAGUAAAACUUUGCAAUAAAGGUAAAUCAAUUAACAGUACUUAUGACAGAACAUCUCAAUGAACUAUUAACAUUAUUCAUCAUUAAAAAUGAUUAAACUAAUGUCUCAAUCCAUUAUUACAGUGGCUUUCCCCCUAUUUUACGUCAUGUCACCUUACAACCACAAAUUUAAAUGGAUUUUAUUUAGAUUUUAAGUGAUAGACCCACACAAAGAAGCACGUCAUUGUGAAGGUAAUUCUCAGUAUAAAUACAGCUGUUCUCUGAAGGCCUCAGUGGAUUGUUAGAGAACACUAGUGAACAAACAGCAACAUGACGGCCAAGGCACUCAUCGGACAGGUCAGAGAUAAAGUUGUGGAGAAGAAGUUUAAAGCAGAGUUAGGUCAUGAAAACAUAUCUCAAGCUUUAAGCAUCCCAAGGAGUAUUGAUCCUCAAUACAUCAUUCAAAAAAUGAACCUGAAAAAGUAUUCUACAACUGAUUCUACAAACCUACCAAGACAUGGCCAUGGUCCACCCAAAACUGACAGAUCGAACAAGGAGAGCACAGGUCAGAGAAGCAGCCAAGAGGCCCAUGAUCACUCUGGAGGAGCUGCAGAGAUCCACAGCUCAGGUGGAUCAGGAGAAUCUGUCUACAAGACAAAAAUAAGUCAUGUAGAGGACACAGCAACCAUGUGAAAAAAGGUGCCAUGCUUAGAUGAGACCACGUUCUUAAGAAUUUAAAUGUAUUAAUGAUUAAUCAGUCUUAAUAACUCCACAUGUCCAGACAAGUAAACACAUGCAAUCCAGCCCUUAUGCAGGUCUUUAGACUCUGGAUGGAAAUGAAAAGCCCCUGGAGACAACACAGAAACUUCAACCAGACAGGCCUAAACUCUACACCACUGUGCAGUAAUUACACCACCGAGCAGCAUAUCUCAGAAACAGGUGUUUCCAUGGAACUGUUGUCUGUGCAGGAUCUUCUAUUUGCUUCUCAGUACCCCCUGGAAAUGGUGCCUCUUCCGGGAUUUGGAAUAUUUUGGAAUUUUGUGGAAUAUUUGCUUGUAUGUACCUUAAAAUGUUUAUUAGAAUUGAGAAUUAGAAUUGUAAUCAUUUUUUGCUUACAUGGGUAGAUGUGGGAUAAAAAUGUUAAGUUUUGGUGUCUGAUAAAAUAAUUAACCUAGUACUACUUACUACUUAAUGUAUACUGUUCAUAAACAUUUUAAUUGUUUAUUUCUAGAGAAUUGCUUUUGGGAGAUCUUGGUAUAAAAAUGAUAACAACUGUUUCAUGCAGAUUUUCAUUUUUUAAAAAAUGUUCCAAAUCUUGGACAUUGUUUUAUUAUGGGUUUAUAUUUUGGGAUGUUCUCUGUUACUUAUUUCUGUUAAAUGUCUUAAAUCAUUCAUCUGCUUUGUGUAUUGUGCAGCAAUAAAAUAUUUUCUUUUUAAAUUUAA